AUGAGCAAAGGAGGUGGAUGGUUAAGCUCAUUCAGUGAGCAGAUCACUCAGAUCAAGGAUGUCAUCACUAAUGACGAUCCUGACUAUGAUCCAAACAUCGACCAAGAUGAUCAAGAUACAGAGGAACAGAUUGUAAUGCUACGUGCAGAGGUUAAUAAGUAUAAGAGUGACGUUGCAGAGUUGGAGAGCAAAGUGCUAGAGUCAGAGGGCAGGGUGGCUAGCAUCACUAAAGAGUUCAGUGUAUUGAUAUCAGAGAAGGAGACAGAGAUGAAUGAACUGCGACGAAUCAAUGACAACCUCAAGCAGUCUCUCAUAUCACCAACCAUCUCGCCACAACCAACGACAAACAGUAUCAAUAGCAGCAGCAGCAGUACUGGGAACAUUCAGACUGACACUGCUACGGACAGUGUCGUUGGCAAUCACCAUCAUCUGAAUGGUCACUCAAACUCUGCCCUCGGUAUCACAAUGGAGAAUGAUCAACAGUUGGUCUUUGACGAAGAUCAUCCUCACAGGGACGCUGACAAUAUGGACAUCAAUGAAUUGAAGCUGCAGCUCAAGACACAGAGCGAUAACUACCAUACUCAGAUAUCAACAAUGCAACAAUUACAUCAAGAGAAGAUACACAAGUUAACUCAGAGGAUAGAGAAUCUGUUACAGGAGAAUGACCUGGCUAAUGAGAAGUUUGAAGAAGAGCAGGAAGUUCUAAAGAAGGAGAAUCAACGUUUACUUGAGCAAUCAACUAAAGUUAUAGAUAUACUAAAGAAACACAACACUGAUGACCAGACAGCAACUGUCAACUCACUGGACCCUGUUCAAUACUUGUCUGCCACAUUGGAUAUUCUCACAUCUGGACAACAGAAGAACGAGGUCAAGAAAGAGACAAAGAACAAGGUUGGGACUGAAUCACCUUCAGCGACUGAUGUUGGUUCCAUAGACACACUCAACGAACAAUUGAAAAAGUCAACAAAGGAGCUGGCGAGGCUACGUCAGUACCUGAUGGAGGUGGAGGAGAAUCACACAAUAACUGAUUUGGAGAAUGAGGAGAAGAUCACCAGUCUACAGAACCAACUGAAUCACAUGAUCGAACUGAACAAGAGCAUCAGGUCAGACGAGCAGAGCAGCGAUAAACUGCAACACGAGUUGGAUGAGAAGGAGGAGGAGCUAAGACGCACCACCACUGCCCUCAACAAUCUGCAGUCGGUGCUGGAACAGUUCCAGGCGGACCAAGAGGCAGCCAUCCAGACCGAGUUGGUAUCUGCCAAUCAGAAGAUCAAGGCUUCACAACAAGAGAUCAAUCGUCUUCAACAGGACAGACAGGCUUUGGAACAACUUCAACAAACAUAUCAGCAGGCACAAAACACAAUCACAGAGCUGACGCACAGGAUCUCAAUCAAGGAGCAGGAGUACCAAACACUACGUUCAGACAUUGAGCCACUGAAGGUUGCAUUCGACAGGAACAUCAAUCGUCUAAGUGACCUGUGUCUACAGGAACAAGAAUCAGUAGAUAAGAGGAUUGUAAGCAAACUGUUCUUAACAUACUUCAAUGUCAAGGGCAAUAAGAAGUCAGAUGUACUAGAGCUGAUUGCAAAGAUAUUGAACUUUAAUGAUGAGGAUAAGAUAACUAUUGGAUUAGCCAAAAGACAAUGGUCACUAAUACCAUUCUUUGGAAAUGGAACAACUCCAGAGCAGCAAGGAGAGAAAUCAUUAACUGAUAUGUGGAUCGAGUUCUUGUUGAAGGAGGCAGGUGAGGGUGGAGCAGGCAUCAAUACCAAUAUCAACAACAGUAUUGAGCCAGCAGCAACACCAGCAAACACACCAAUGUCAACACCCACCAAGAAUAUCCAGUUGCAGACUCCACCGGCAUCGCCAUACCGACCUACCGCAAGUUCAGUUCCAACAACGCCAGUGUCUAACAGCUACUUUAGUGUUACACCAAAUCACAAUGGCAAGCUAAAGUCAACUGUAAUCUAUGAUGGUGAUAUCAAGAACAACUUAUAA